UAAUGAAAGAAAAAACAAAAAACAAUGACCCUAUACAGAAUUUCUUAAGCAAUAUUUUAGCAAUCUAUUGCGCUGUUACGCACUGGCUUAUCUGGAUCCACCGUCCGCAAUUGGCCGUUUCAAAAACUUCUUCUUCUCCAUCUCUCCCCUAAUUCCAGUGCACAGGGCAUUCGAUCUCUGCUUCCCGGAAGGAGGUCGAGGAGAAGAGAUUCUGCGGAGCGAUAGUUUGGGAUGGCAAAGAGAGUGGACCACGAAUAUGAUUACCUGUUUAAGAUCGUGUUGAUCGGAGAUUCUGGAGUUGGAAAAUCCAACAUCCUGUCCAGGUUUACCAGGAAUGAGUUCUGCUUGGAAUCCAAAUCUACUAUCGGAGUGGAGUUUGCCACCCGAACACUUCAGGUGGAAGGAAAGACUGUGAAGGCCCAAAUUUGGGACACUGCAGGCCAGGAAAGGUACAGAGCAAUUACAAGUGCUUACUACAGAGGAGCCGUUGGGGCACUUCUUGUAUAUGACAUAACAAAGAGACAAACCUUCGACAAUGUCCAAAGGUGGCUCCGAGAACUGAGAGACCACGCUGACUCUAACAUUGUCAUCAUGAUGGUGGGGAACAAGUCAGACCUUAACCAUCUUAGGGCAGUGUCAGACGCCGACGGCCAAGCUCUUGCUGAGAAGGAAGGGUUGUCAUAUCUGGAGACAUCGGCAUUGGAGGCGCUUAACGUGGAAAAGGCUUUUCAGAGUGUUUUGACCGAAAUAUAUCAUAUAGUGAGCAAGAAGGCAUUGGCUGCACAGGAAGCUAUAGGAAAUGGUGCCCUUCCUGGUAAGGGCACAACCAUCAAUGUGGGCAAUUCUUCUCCAAAUGCAAAAGGAGGUUGCUGCUCUAAUACCUGAUGAUUUCAAUUCGCAAUUGAUAAACGAGCGUGAACAGUUACAGGCAUAAACUUAUUGUUGUUCCCCUGUUCUUCAUCCCUCAGGGGAAAGGGUGGAUUCAUGUAGAGUACUUUAUUUAUUGGCACAAGAAAGCGAGCAUGUGAAUUUUAAAAAUUGUUUACUAGCCUUAGCCGACUCUAUACUCUUUUUUGUUACACCAUUUUUUUCUCUAUUCUGUUUGUUGGGGGCAAGAAAAGCAGCUACUAGAGUACUAGCAAUGUUUGUUGGGUUAUCAGUAUUAGUAUUACAGGGGACGUAUUUGCUCUCAUGAUAUGCUAUUUGUGCAACACUAGAUUCGUC